AUGGCUCUUAACGUGAGCAAAGGGGUUCCUAAAAGUCUCAUUUCAGCGAAGAGGGCUAGUGUCUCAAGAUCUCAAAAAGUUUUGUUGGCGUUUCCCUUCAAAAAGGGGUCGUGUACUGAAGAAUUACAAGGCCUCUGUCGUACAAAGCCUGUUACUUCUCGUAGAUCUUCUUCUAUAGUGUGUUUUCUUGGAAAGUCUCAACAAGACAAGGAAACUAAACCUCACGAGGAUUGUCUUGAUUUACAUAACUCCCAAACUGUUCAAAAAGAAGGUGAGAAGGAAGUGAAGCCAAGGAAAUCAAGCCAGGCUUUGGUGGAAUAUAUGUCCAAUGAUGCUAAGUUUGUGAAUGAAAGAGCUCGUAGUGACUUUAUUCUUCUGUCUCGUGGCUUUAUGAGACUUGAUGCUCGUGCACGUCAGGACGUUGCAGUUAUUGGGUCAGGCUUCCUUAAACUGGAUGCUCGGGCAAGAGAAGAUACAGAUAAAAUAGAUCGUGAUGUCAAGAGAAAAGCCGAGCGCCUUCAUCAUAUUGCUACUAUAUUUAAAAAUACAGCACAGUCUAAGUUGAAAAAUGCUGCUGAUAAACAUUGGAGUGACGGCGCCUUAGAGGCUGAUCUAAGGCGAGCUGACUUCCGCGCUAAACAACGGGCAAUGGAAGAUGCAUUAAUGGCUUUAGAGUUUAUCAAGAACAUUCAUGAUAUGAUGGUGCAAAAAAUGGUUGAUAGCUUGGUAACAUCCGAAACUGGUACCAAAGACCGCAUAUCACUUGAGAAGAAUGGAGAAGCUCUAGAGUUUUUCCUAGGGGAAGUUUCAUCUGAUAGUAUAUCUGCUAUUGAGGAAGCUUACAAGAGUAUGGCAUCAGCGCUCUCAGAAGCCGAUGGAAUUUACUACACUGAUCCUGAAGAGCUUGAGCUGUUAGUAACUACUCUGAUCGACCUUGAUGCAAUGGAUGGUAAAAGCAGUGCAUCACUAUUAGCUGAAUGCUCUAGCUCUCCAGACGUCAAUACAAGGAAAGCGUUGGCUAAUGCCUUAGCAGCUGCGCCGUCGAUGUGGACGUUGGGAAAUGCAGGCAUGGGUGCAUUACAGAGACUCGCGGAAGACAGUAACCCGGGGAUUGCAGCAGCUGCUUCCAGAGCGAUCAUUGCGCUGAAGAAGCAGUGGGAAGUUGAAGAAGGUGACUCACUUAGGUUUAUGAUGAACUUGGAGAACCCAAAUGGUGAUGAAGAUAGAGACAGUGACCAUGACGAAAUCUGAUAAUAGUUUUCUUUUUCAUGUAAAAGAAUAGAUAAUUUAGAGUUAAUGAUGAUUUCGUUGGCCAAAUAUAUAAAAAAAUUUAAAAGUAUUUAGCGUUACUGUUAAGUUUUUAACUUUACUUUUGUAUAUCUCGAGUUCUUAUGUGUAUUAAUAAUGUUUCUUGAAUUAUUUGUACAUUUGAACAUCCACAUGAAUUCUAUCUAGUUUUC